UACCCCAUUUUCGUUGAAUGGCGAGAGGUGGCAGGCGGACGUUGGGUCAGGGUUGACAUGGCUCUCGGUUCUCGGCUUCUACCGAUAACUAAGACCCGUGUUCAAGUUUCAAAUAAUUGGAAAAGCUCGAAAUUGUUUCCCUUUAAAAGAUAGAGAAAUGAAAGACGGGAGUCCAGAUUCCAGCUCCUGUUUGUAUGAGUGCAGGAGGGUCACUUCGUUGGGAGGAGAGGAUGGUGUGGGUAACUUCCCAGAAUAACCAGUCCAGCCAUUGGGAGGAAGGGGAGUUUCGUGUAACUGGGUCUGAUCUUGUUGUUUGCGGUCUCUAGGUUAAAGCAAAGCGGGGUGACAGAAUGUUUCUUUUUACAGCCUCGUUGGACGCGCGUUGGUUGAAGUGUGGUCAUCCCGGGGAGGUUUGAGCAGCAGCAGACCCCGGACUCGAUUACCGCGUUGGAACAGGAGAAAGUUCCCAUUAAACUCGCUACCCGGCGGGUGGGGCAGAAGAGCCGGGCGGAGAGAGAAGAGGAUAGAUAGAUAGAUAGAUGCAGGGGUGAGUGAGGACGCAGUUGAGAGCGGAUGGAGGCAGUGUGCGGAGCGCUGGGCCCGGGCAAUGUCUCCGCCAGUGGCUGGGACUCUCUGCUGGACAACACCACGGCCACCUGUAACCGCUCGGCCCACAUCCCCCCCAGAGACGAGGUGGUGGCGCGGCUGGAGGUGACCGUGCUCGCCGUCAUCUUGAUCCUGGCCCUCGGCGGCAACAUCGGCGUCCUGUUGGCCAUCUACUCCAACCGCCACAAGUCCUCCAGAGUCAACUUCUUCGUUAAGCAUCUGAGCAUCGCCGACCUGGUGGUCGCGGUCUUCCAGGUCCUCCCGCAGCUCAUCUGGGACAUCACAUUCAGGUUCUACGCGCCCGACUUUGUGUGCAGGACGGUGAAGUACCUUCAGGUGGUUGGGAUGUUCGCCUCCACUUACCUCCUCAUCGUUAUGUCUAUCGACCGCUGCAUGACCAUCUGCCAACCCUUGAUGUCCCUGCACCAGCGCUCCAACCGAGCCUUCGUGGUCUCCUCCUGGCUCAUCAGCCUUAUCUUCAGCCUCCCCCAGGUCUUCAUCUUCUCCCUCACGGAGGUGGCGCCCGGCAUUUACGACUGUUGGGGUCACUUUGUGGAGCCCUGGGGUGCCAAGGCGUACAUCACCUGGAUCACCCUCUCCGUCUAUGUCAUCCCGGUCAUCCUCCUGAUCGUCUGCUACUCCCUGAUCAGCUUCAAGAUCUGGCAGAACGUGAAGCUGAAGACCCGCAGGGAGGCCAAGGCGUCGAGAGGAGGGGUGAUGUUUUCCCGAGUCAGCAGCGUGAGGAUCAUAACCCGUGCCAAGAUCAGGACCGUCAAGAUGACCUUCGUCAUAGUCCUGGCUUAUGUUGUGUGCUGGACGCCGUUCUUCGUCGUGCAGAUGUGGAAAGUCUGGGACCGCCAGGCUCCUCAAGAGAACUGGGCCUUUGUCAUCACGAUGCUCCUGGCAAGCCUCAACAGUUGCUGCAACCCCUGGAUCUACAUGUUCUUCACCGGCCGCCUGCUACAAGACCUGGUCCAGCGCUUCUUCUGCUGUUCCAGCCGGCUCAGAAAAACCGAGCAGCCCAGCAGCGAGCUGACCUGCAGCAAGAAGAGCAACUCCUCCACCUUUGCCGUCAGUCUCAAGAGCUCAAGCAGUCAGAAGAGCCUCUCAGUCCAACAGCAGCCGGAGGAACAAUAAACCAGAACGCUCUCAACCAGGUGCUGCGGGGACCCUUCCCCUGGGACCCUUCCCCUUGUGCUCUUACCUGCUCUGUACGAUGCUGUGCCAGCUAUCAGUUCUAAUUCCUCUCAAAUCCCCCUUA